AUGCUUUUUUUGAUCCCACAUCCUGUCAUUGAGACUCUCAAUGGCCGUCGCACACAUGGAUUCAAUCCUGGAUCCGCCUGGUUCCUUGAUAAAAAAGAUGCACGCUCGACGGGCAACAUGCGAAAGCAUGUCAAGAUUUGCUGGGGUGAUGAAGUCCUGCAGACAGCCUAUGAAGCAAAGAACAUGGAGGAAAUCCGAACAAAGAUUGUUGCCGGUAUCCUUCAUGAUGGGUCAAUAACAGAAUCGUUUGAGCAUGAAGGAAAAGGAAAGCAUACUCAAGCUGAGCUAGUUCAUUGGGUAGCGGAGAGCCUGCGGCCAUUCAACAUUGUCAAAGAUAGAGGAUUUCAGUGUUUGAUGAAGACUGGGAGACCCGAAUAUUACAUACCUUCCCCGUGA